CUUCCUCGCACGUAGGUGGAACGCAGGCAGCGUCUGUUUGUCCCCAGCUCUGAUCCGAGGGGACCUAAAAUCCAGCAUGGCGAAUUCAGGAGUAUGCUGUGCCAACCUCAAGGAUGACAAAGCCCUGAUGAAGAUGGGGCUUGCCUUGGUGCUGGUGGGCCAUGUCAACUUUCUUCUGGGAGCAUUGCUGCCUGGCGUUGUGCUCAGACAUAUCAAUGUGUAUGCCCGGGACCGUGCUAUUGUGUAUGCCAUCUCUAAUGUCAUUGCUAUUGUAGCAGGCCUGAUGGGAAUUAUUGCUGGAAUAAUGGCUAUUGUGCUGUCUAAAAACAAGAAGAACAGGAUCCUGAUAUGGGUUCUGUUGGUCUUCAGCUUCCUGGCAGGACUCUUAGGAGCUGCCUCUACUGUGGGUUUGUUAUUUUCUGUAGUGAUAGCCAUUAUCAAUAAAGGAUCGGUCCUGUUUACACUCUGUUCCAAUUUCCAAAAUGGCACAUUAUAUUCAAGCAUUACAUUUGAAUGUCCCUUUGAUCCCACCCGGGUUUUUGCAACCACCCUCCUUCUGUGGGUGCUUCUUAUCUUGAUGUCGAUUGUGGAAAUGGUGUUCUCCUUCCGCUGCUUCGCUGUCUGUACUUCAUUCCUCUACCUCUGUCCAUGCAGGAGGAAGCCAGUCCAAGCCAGGAGGGUGGCUUUCCAGGGAAGAGUUGAUUCUCCGAUAUCCCUUCCAGCUAGAGAUCAAGAGAGUGGUGCGGAAGAUGAGCCUGCAGAGCAGGAUGAACUGCUGCAUGGCAGCACUGCAGUGGAACAGAGUCAAUGGCUCUGAACCAGCUAAACCUAAUUACAUAGGUUGAAAACUGCAAGUCUGUCAGGUAAAAUACAUGAAAGGGUAACAAAGUAUGUGUCUGUUACAUGUCUGUCAGAAGACAUUUGCAAAAGCAGUGGCAUUUUAUAUUUCUAUAUGCAUUUUUUUUACUUGUUAUGCUUUGUUUGAGAUGUAAAUGUUCUUUUGUUUGAAAGUCAGCAAAGUUGUAUCUUAACUCAAAAUGCCUUUCAUUUAACCAGACCUACAUUUUCUAUACUGAUUAAAAAAUACUGAAGUUGUAACUUGUUAUAGCAGCUUUUGUUUGGUGUGGUAAACAAUCACAUUUAAAAUG